GCGACCCGUCUUGCCGGAAAACACCAUUCAUUCAUCAAUAAAAAAAAUCUAAUAUAGCGGGGAGUUGUUUGUUCGUGUAUCAUAAUGAUUAUAUAUAACGGUAUUUAAUUCUUCUGCUGUCUAUGGUCUUCAUCGGAACUCACUGGCAAAAACACUGCAGUUUUCGAAGAAGUGAUCGUGCAAGACUGCAGAGCAGUGCAAGCCUUUCUCUGUGCGAGUCUGCCCAGUCAAUAUGACAACGGAACAAGUUUCAACUGCUUCUGUUGCUAUCGAGCAGAAACUUCAAGAAGAUGUUUUCCAACAAGAAAUUGGCCAAGACAAGACUCAAGAUGAGGUAUUAAAUGAAAUAGAUUCUGAUGUGAAUACCAGUUCUCAAGCAACAACAGAAGUGAUUGAUCGUAGCCAGAAUCAUGGAGAGAUUUCUUUUCAGGAAGAUUCAGCACUCACAAAUUCCGAAGAGCUACCUUCAUCACAGACCACAGCAGAAGAAAUGUGCAAUAUUGAGCCACAAGGUGACAUAUCUGGAGAACAAGCUUCAACACUCACAAGUUCAGACGAACAACUCACACCAAAAGUAUCACCAGCAGGCACCUCUGCUAUCGUAAUGGAAGCAGCAUCUAGCUCUACAAGUCAUGAAGAAUGCAGUGAGGAAACCAGAGAACAGUUGGACUCAGCUAUUGCGAUGGAAGCAGCAUCUAGAUCUCCAAGUCAUGAAGAACUCUGUGAGGAAACCAGAGAACUGUUGCAUUCUGAAUUGGAUGCAACUAGUUCUGACCAGGUUGAGAAAGUAACAAUUACGAAUAGUCAUACCUCGCACUUGAGAAUAAAACUCAGAGACAGAUCUCCAGCUUGCCCAACAGUGGAUGAGAACCUGCAGGGGAAGCCACCACCCCGUGGACGUGGACGGCCUCCUGGAAGGGGACGUUCCCCCGGUGGUGGACGUCCCCGAGGACGGCCUCCGGGAACUGGGCGUCCCAGAGGACGCCCUCGCAAGCCGGUGGAAGAAAACGAGAACCUUCAAUGUAGUGUGUGCCAGAAGGAUUUUUCUAAUAGACAUAAUCUGAGGAAUCACAUGAGGAUUCAUAUCAUGGAUAAACCCCUGCAGUGCCCGGUGUGCGGGAAGGGUUUCUGCUUCAAGUCAGACUUUGAGCGUCAUAUGAGAAUCCACAGCGGGGAGAAGCCGCACCGUUGUGAAGAGUGUGGGAAGGAAUUUACCCAAAGAAGCCACCUCUCGGAUCAUAUGCGGAUUCACACGGGGGUGAAGGAGCAUCAGUGUCCUGUCUGCAAGCAAUUCUACGCCCGGAAAACCCAUCUCAAGACUCACAUGCGGAUCCACACUGGUGAGAAGCCUUACGCAUGCACUCUCUGCGAAAAGGCGUAUUCCCGAAGGAACGAUCUCAAGAAGCACAUGCGUUCCCACACGGGAGAGAAAGCCCCCCACGUGUGCUCCGUGUGUGAGAAGGGGUUCUCACACAAGAGUCAUCUGGCUCACCAUAUGAAAUGCCACACCGGAUCCGAACCGUUCCGUUGCUCCGUCUGCAACAAGGGUUUCCUCUUCAGAUCUGAUCUGAUAAGACAUGAGAGGAUCCACAGCGGUGAGAAACCACACAGCUGCAAGAUCUGUGGCAAAGUUUUCGGCCAGCGAUGUCAUUUAACUGAUCAUAUGCGCACCCACACCGGCGAAAGACCACAUAGAUGCUUGUUGUGCGGUAAGGGGUUUUUCCGUAAAAAUCAGCUUACGGCUCAUAUGAAACAUCAUGCGGGUGAAAUGCUACCUGUAAACUGUGCUCUCUGCGGUAAGGAAGUCCCCAUUGAGAAUAUAGAACACAUACCGGAAUAUUGCGUUGACUGUUGUAAGAAACUCCUGUCGCAGGGCGAUGCCACGCAGGGGGUCAGAGCGCAAGAAGGCCCACUCCCAUUCAACUGCCUCGAGUGUGACAAGAAGUUUUUAUUGCAUUCCCAACUUCUGGAACAUGUGAAGUCACACACAGACAUGAAGCCGUUCCACUGUCCAGACUGUGAUCACCAAUUUGAUAAGGCAUCUGAUUUUAUAGAUCAUAUGGAAUUGCAUGACAGUGGAAAGUCUUUCCAGUGUCUAGACUGCUUUCAGAAAUUUCCUUUGCGUUCCGAACUCAUGAGCCACAGGCAAACGCACAAAAAAGAUAAGUCGUUCAAUUGUUCUAAGUGCACGGAGAAGUUUCACACAGAGUCCGAUCUGACCACCCAUGAGAAGUCGCAUCGGGAUGAAACGCCUUUCCCACCUACCCAAUGCAACAACAAAUUUGAUAUCGAAGCUGAUCUUCGGACGCACAACAAGUCAUAUCGGGAAGAAAAGCUGCUCCAUUGUUCAGAGUGCAAAAAGCCAUUCAAAGUAGAGUCCGAUCUUCUUGUCCAUGAGAAAUCCCACCUCAAGGAAAAUCUGUUCAGUUGCCCCGAGUGUGAUACGAAGUUUCCCGUACAGGAGAACCUCAUGGUUCAUAUGAAAAUGCACAAAGGUGAAAAGCCUUUCCAUUGCCUUGAGUGCAACCAGAAAUUCCUCUUGCAGCGUGAUCUGUUGGACCAUGUGAAAACUCAUCCAGGAGAAACCUCAUAUUAUUGCUUAGAAUGUGAUAAAGGGUUCAGUACAGAAUGGGAUCUGAUGAGCCAUGUCAGUAUACACACUGGAGAAAACUAGUGAACAAUUUUCCCUACUGCUUGUAUAUUCUACAGUAGAGGGCAGUAUUGCUGCAUAUUACAUAGGUUAUAUCGAUUCGAAUCAGUGUUAGGUCAAUACGCCGUGAUCAUUACUGUAAGGAUCGCAUUUGUUAUAUUAUUUCUAGGUUUUGACGUCACCUCGAUGGAUAUAACUGCCUUGUAUUGUAAAUGGGGGCAAUAUAUUCACUGAGGUGACAUCACUCAUUGCUUAUAAGCCAAGUAAUCAGGUAUUUCAUUUGAUAUAAUCACUUGUACAUGUAUGUACGUGUAGAUUGCCUGAAGCAUGCGCAAGCUGUGUUUUUCUAUCAUAGAUAGAGUUAUGAUUGAUCCAAUCAAUCAUAACUCUAUGGAUAUCCAUCAGUGGCCAUUAGUCUGACAGAAGAAUAACUAAAAGCGUUGUCACCAAAAACGUAUGGAUUCUAGUGUUAGGGGUCAUUGUAUAACUGAAUAUCAUUUCAUUUCUCAAGAAGGGCAUAAGUUGUUUUUUACAAAAACAUCAACUCUAAACUUGAAAUCACACAUUGUUUUGGGCCACACCCCAUUUUACAUCCACUGUAAAGUAUGCGUGUUUAUAAUGAGUAUCGUGUUACUGUUAUCUAUUGUAAAAGAGACGCUUCUAUCUCCUUUAUUGUUCACUUGCAUGUAUAAUAUUAUAAAGCACUCAAAAGUGUAGCUUACAGCCUCACAAUCUAUCCAAUACAAAGAAAUAGAAUGUUUGCACUACUCGUGUUUACUGCAGAAUUGGGGGGUACCUUCUUUGUGACUAGCUACUCCUUAACCAUCAAUUACAUGUAAUCAGGGGCUGCGGAACUGGGGGGGCUCCAACAAU